AUGGAGCGUACUUCAAUAGACAACGAACUUAAUAGUACUCGUGACGAAGAAGACGAAGACCUUUCAAGUCUGAUUCACUCUUGGCUAUCCUACGACAAGUCCACCAUAAUGAAUUUUUUGUCUAUUGUUUUGGCUUUAAUUUUAGCCUGGAUUUUAAACCUAUUUUCCCAUUUUUUUUAACUUUUUUUUUUAAUGAUCAAAAAUUUUAUAUUUUACUUAUAGACUAAUGAUUAAAAAUUAUCUCAAAAUAAUUAAUAUUAAAAUUGCUUUACAAGUAACUAGACAUAAAUUUGCUUCAAAAAAUUAAACAAGAAAUAUAGGUCAAAAUAAAUAAGGUCUAAAAUAAGCAAAAAAAAUCUGCCAAAAUAAACAUAAAAAAUUAUGGAAAUAUUUAAGACCAUUGCAAAAAAAUUAGUCCGAAAAACUUUAGGUUAAAAAGCUAGUUCAAAAAGUCUUUUGGUGUAGAUGACUCUUGAAGCAAUCACUCUUAUCCAAACAACAAAAAUGAGGUAGUCGAAGUGUCUCCUAAAGGAAGAUUUUUUAGAGUAAAUUUUUACAUAGUUUAAUGAUCUCUUAGGAUCUGGAGCCUAUAAAACUGUAUAUCGAGGGCUGGACAAUGACCAAGGGUGUGAAGUUGCCUGAAACAGUAUCAGUGUUAAAAAUCUACCUGCUGAAGAUAGAGCUCAAAUAGCCGAAGAAGUCAAAUUAAAUAGGAGACUUAAUCAUCCUAAUAUUGUUCAUUUCAUAUCAGCCUGGACAAAUCCUAAUAAAGAAGAGCUCGUCUUCAUUUCUGAGAUCGUCACUGGAGGAUCACUACGACAAUACUUAAAGAAGAUAAAAUUUCCAAGGUUAAAAGUAAUCAAAAGCUGAUGCAAAGGAAUUCUCCAAGGUCUGCAGUAUUUGCACUCACAAAAGCCUUGACCGAUAAUACACAGAGAUCUGAAAUGUGAUAAUAUUUUCAUCAUGUCUAACACAGGAGAUAUAAAAAUCGGAGAUUUUGGUUUAUCUACAAUCAUGAGAAGCAAAUUGCAUACAUCAGUAUUAGGAACUCCAGAAUAUAUGGCACCUGAGGUCUACGAAGGCAGCUAUGAUACGAAAGUCGAUAUUUUUUCGUUCGGAAUGUGCGUCUUACCCGCCUAAACGUGAGCGAGUAAGCCAUUGGAAAACCUACUUUUUUUUCGAGAAGUCCAUAAGAAAGCAAAAAUUUUUUAGAAAAAAUUUUUAAUAUAUAAUUAUGCCCUAUCAUUGAGGCUCUCCAAACUUUAAAAAAAAAUAAUUGAUAUAUAAAUGAUAAAUUAUUAGACUAUUCUAUUUAAUUUCAAAUAGCUUGCAUUUCAAAUAAAAUAUUAUAAUUAUUUUUUUUUUACGAACUUUCAAAAAAAAAAUAAUUUUAAAAAAAAUAAAUUAACCCCAUGAUCGAGCGAGAAAAUUUGCCCACUCACGAAGAGGGUUAGAAAUGUGCACACUUUCAGCACCUUAUAAAGAGUGCAAAACCCCGGCAGCCGUCUAUCGAAAAGUUAUGUCACGAAUUAUGCCUGAAUCCUUGAAAAAAAUUCAAGACGACGAAGUCAAAAAGUUUAUUACACUAUGCUUGGAAACAGCUGAUAAGAGGCCAGCUGCAAGCGAGCUCUUAAAUCACUCAUUUUUAGUAAUAGAUGAAGAAGACCCUAGAGUGCAUCAAGCUGUUCUGCUUGCUAAUGAAAAUGACGAAGUCUUGCAAAAUCUUCAAAAUAACUUAAUUUUGGCAGGAAAUAUUGCAAAUGAGCCAGAGAAGAACCUUGUAGAAAGCUCUUUGAUAAUCAAAGACAACAGAGGAGCACUUAGACAGGUGACUUUUCAAUUUGAUUUAAAUUCAGACACACCUGAAAAAGUGGCCGAAGAAAUGGUUAGAGAUCUUGAUCUUGAUCCAGCCUUAGCCAUCCCUAUUGCAAAUGAAAUUGAAAUUCUAGUAUUUUCAAACACAAAUUCUAAAAAUUUAUGCUCAGAAUGUUAUUUUAAAGAAAAAAAUUGCCCAGAAAAAAAUGAGGAUAUAUGUAAGCAUGUCAACAAUCGAGCUCCUAUAUAUAGCAAUAGAAAAGUUUCGAUAUCGGCUCCAGAAGAUGUUAGGAUUAGCCAGAAUUCUUUAGAAAAAGAACAAUCCGAACACACAUUAGAUGAUUUAUUACAAUUAGAUAAUACAGAUUUUAAUAUUUAUAGCAAAGAAUUACCACCGAUCAAUGAAGAAGUCCAGCGACCUUUUAGAGGGGCAAUAAGAAAAAGAUCAAAAAUAGGAAACGACAAAGAAAACGUGAUGCUAUUGCAACAAGCGCUGUCAGCAGUACUCCGAACACGAAUAAAAAUGGACGGAUUUUACGGAGAAAAAUGCGAAAAUCAAGUCAAGAAAUUUCAAGACAAAAUUGGAUUAGAACCAAAUGGUAUCGUCUCAGAAGAAUUAUGAAAUAGAUUAAUGCUUGAAUAUAGUAAAGUAUGCGAAGAAGAUUCAGAUUAA